ACGUGAUCCAAACUGAGCGAUGAACGUGAGCUGGUACCCCAAGGCAGCUCUGACUGAGCAGCCGAGCUGUGUCGUGCCAUUUGAGCCCCUGUCACCGUCAGGUCAGUCUGGACCCGUGGUUCCUCCGCACUUGGGCCGCCGCCGCCUCGUUUACUACACCACUUUGGCCGUUUGGGUUUUCCUCUCGCUUAACUCGUUUCUGGAUCCAUUCAAGACGCUGUAUGGGUACUACCUGACCACGGACAGCCACGAACACGCCAGCGUGUGGGCCCUCCAAGUCACCAACGCCUUCAACAACAUCUCGUCGACUGUUUGCGAUCAGGGCGGGCCUUUUCUCAACUGCUACUUUGAGCUGCCCGUGUUUGGCGUUGGGUCAUUGGCUGGCGCUGUGUGUCGGUCGUACUACCCUGUUGACAUGCGCGACACACAGCACAUUGGUAUCUUCUUUGGUAAUUGCACGCUGCCAAGCGGUGUCCGUCUCGAUUUGCCAAACGAAGAAGUAGCGACGAGUCAAUGGUCGGUGCUCACAAGCUCAACUCAAAAGGACUGUCUGGACAAGCUCGGUGAAGGGGAUGCAUUUCCGUGCGACACGUACACAACCGCAAACGGCCGAGUGAUUCACCACCGACUCAGCAGAACCGAGACGGAUCGCUGGUGCAAAGAGUUUGGCGGCUACUACAUCUUGAACAAGACGUCCAACAAACGAGAAAUACUGGUCGCGAAUGCGUCCGUGGCGAGUGCCCCUGUCUUUACCAGCCUCGUGCUGGAUGUGGAGACACCAGUCUUCAGCCUCCACGACAUUCUGGGGUGUCCGGCCACUUUUUUCGUCGGUGGAACAGCUGACCACAUUUCAACGACAUCGUGGUACGGCGACACGAUUGGGGCAUGGACUGCGCGGACGACGAGGUCCCCGUACACGACGACGCUCACGCGACGCAAUAAACUCGUCAGUGUGGCCGCCUUCACAUGGCACGAUGGCGGUAUAACGCAGAUCCGUUCCAUCUCGAAAGAUCUCUUGCGCUGCUGCCUACUCCUCCUCGUGGCCUACUUUCGGGUCUCGUCUAUCUACUACCCGAUAUGGCUUGUCUUCAGACGACAAGGUCAGCCGUUCUGGACGUGGGCCGGCGGCCGCCACAUGGGCUUGGUGCUCCACAAACGCGAGCGUCGGUGCCUUGCCGUGCUCUUUCUGCUCUCGUUCGAGGCGCUCCUAAGCACGGAAGACAUUGUCAUGUUUUGUCAGCACGCGGUCUACACGGUCCCGACCUCGUAUACGACGAUCGCUUUGACGUACAUGUCGAUUACGCGCAUCAUUUGGCCCUCUGCGUUCUUGCUUCUUGCAUUGUCUCGACUCCUCGAGUGGCUCUUUGGGCCGAAAUAUGCGUUCGCUCUCUCGGAAGACCUCUUUCUCCUUGGCGCGCCCGUUGUGUGGUUCUACUUGCCUUCGUAUGUCACCACCCAGGGCAUGAAACUCUUCCAGGGGUACCGCUGGACCGGCGUCGUCGUCCACCACUACGUCAACACGAUCCACAACGCGUAUUCGCACCAAAAAGACUCGUGGGCGCUGUACGUGGAGCUUUUCGGCUACUUUACACUGCUCUCAUCGCUGCUUACGAUCGUACUCGGCUUUGUUUGGCAGUCGGUGACGCACAUGACGAGCAUCCUCGCGUUUCUAUUAUCGCGCCAGCGCUAUCGCCGUGUACGUGAGCUCAAGGGUACGACUGGGACGCUCGAGGCCGUGCUCCUUGGUGCUGCCGACGGGCUAUCGCCAGAAAUCGCGUUUCAAGUUACAAAAGCAAAGUGGCCGCGGUCGCAGCGAUGUGAAGGCAUGAACCUCGCGUCCGAAGGCCUCCUCUGCCUCGUGUACGGGUCGACCCAUGUCCUCGCCACUGUCGAGUGGGGCAUUGUUGGUCCGGUGCUCAACCCCCAAGGCCACGCCGCCGUUAUCGAAGGCCACUCGGUCUCAUUUCGACCCGAUGUGACGCGCGACACGCUCUCAAGUAUCACGCCCGCUCCCGCUCGCGUCGGCAUUCCAGAUCUGAUUUAGAGAACCGCGUUGAACAGUCGAUUGCACUCAGGUAGCACUGUGGAUUGCACUAACCUUUAUUAUAUAUUCAAGAAAUCAAGACCUUCCAUACCCGAG